UCAGAAUUUAAAAUUUAUUUAUUCAGGUAACCAAGAGACAAAUUUUUCCAAGAAUCUCGGAGCACUUUUAUCAAUUCCAACCCUUUCAAAAUUUAUUGGUGCUUUCAGCUAUUCAGAGGGCGGUUGCUUAGCCGAAUUUUUAACUCGUUUUCCCCUGCUAGAACCAAAUCCAGAAUUGUUUUAUCGUUAUGAUAUUAAUGUUUAUUGUGAAAAUGAUGUGCUUGUUGAGAAUUAUUUUUCUGAUCUGGAACGAUGGUUAACUUGUCAAUGGAGUAAAGCCUCAACACAAGACAAUUUAAAUAAUGUCCGCCAGGCACGUUUAAAAUUUGUAGUGGAUAGAGAAGAUACAGCACAACAAAUUAUUUCUUUGUUAAAAGAGAAGUUCGAAACUGCCACCAAUCAGUGUACUUUUAUAUUACGUUUAGAUUGCCCUGGGUUUGCUUUACAACCAUUCAGUGUUGAAAAUACAAAUAGUGAGGAAUUUAUGGCAAUGGAAUUUAAAAAUGAAUACACAAUUAAAGCAGAUCAGAAUAUUGAUGAUUUUGAAGAGGAAAUAGAAAUAGAACCUUUAGCCAAAAAGAAGCCUAUAAAUGAGAAGGAAAGCAAAGACGGGAGGAAUGGAGCUGAGGCGAGAAGCAGAAGGAGACGGAGACAGUAACAGUUCUUCAACCUCAGUAGUUGUCUGGAAAAGUUACAAACUUGUUAGAGCCCCCAGUGCUAAUUUACUCGGUCAAUUAAUGA